AUGAUCGUCAGUGGAUGUAGAGGGUUCCCUCCACCCACCCCCCGGGGUGCACCGCCUCGUGUUGCUGCCGCUGCAGGCCGAGCGAGCGGGGGCGCGGGCCUCAGCAGGGGCCGGUCGGUGGCGCGCUGCCGGCCGCGAGGAUGUGCGCCUACUAGCGCCCGCCGCCCGCCGCCCGAUCGAUGCCUGCCGCCCGGUGGCGCCCGACCCCUCGCCGCACACCCCCCGCACCCCGCAGCACCGGCUCCACCCCCCGCCGGUCCAUCGAUCGAUAGCUCGUGUUCAGUCAGCGCACCGUGUUGCGUCGAUACAGUUGAACACCUCCACAGUGGACACGAAGGCGCGCUAUCGAUCCUCUCCAACCUCCACUCACAUCCAUGCUCGCUACCUGCUGCUCUCUGUUACAGGAUACUCAACAUACUCCAACAGAUAAACACCAUAACGACCGACUCAAUAUUUUAUCAAAAUGUUUAG